AUGCAGCAGAACAAAAACACAACGACGCCAUCUAGCCAUGACAAGAAAGGUGGCACCGUACCUGUUGGCCAUGCGAGCUCGCCCUCUGGAUAUACGCAAUUGGACAGGAAUCAGACAAACCGGUUGAACACCCACUUCCACUCCGCGGGAGCGGCCACAUCCAAUGGAUCGUAUCCGCCCAUGAUGCAGCGCUGGUUGGGUGAGAGCAUUGCGGAGCAGCCGUACAACAACAUUGGCAAGGUUGGGGUGGGAACAAGCGAACGGAAGGGAGCCUAG